UUUUAAUUGUAACUUAAGUGAUCUCUCAUGCGACUACCAUAUAGAUACGACCUUUCGUAACUCGACUAGAUGGUGGUGGUAUAGCCAUUGAUCGCUAUGGCUUCUGGAGUACAAUCGAUACGACUGUGCAUACAAGCUUUUCGACAUUCCCCAGCUCCUCGAAAAGCCGGCGCACGAGUAUACGUCGCGAGACGGCCGUUCUCUUCAAUACCUCCGCGAUGGCGCAGCGCAACCCGGAAAAAUGACACAGAAGACCAGGAAGAAUAUGAAGGGGAAGAUGAUGACGAUGUCGAUCCAGUUGAACUAGAAAGAUCAUUUCGCUCUGUAUUAAAAAAUUCGGGUGCCGAUGUAGAAGCCUUAACUCGGUUCCACGAACAGACCAUAGGAGCUACUGCUCCUAUCCUCUCGAGAGCCCAGAAACUCCCCACGGGUAAUCUGAGGAAGUCUUUUUGGCAGGCUGGCGAGGAUGAUCCGGAUCUGAUAGUGGACGAUCAGGAUGAGGAUGUAUUCGAAGAGGACGAUAUUUUGGGCAUGGCGCACAGCAAAUUAGAGGAGUUCCGCGAACAUAGGGAGUAUGCCCGCCUUGCUGCUUGGGAAAUGCCCCUUCUAUCUAAAUUAGCUAGGCCUUUCGAGCCGCCCACCGCCGAAGAACCCUUACGAUUCCGAUAUACGAGUUACAUGGGGGAAUUCCACCCGGCAGAAAGUAAAGUGGUUGUUGAGUUCUCGCCAAGGGACUUACCACUCGAUGAUGCACAGCAAUUGAAAUUAAAAAAGCUGUUGGGCCCUCGCUUCAAUCCGGAGACGGAAGUCGCCAAAAUGAGCUGCGAGCAGUUUGAGCACCAGGCACAGAAUAAGCGAUAUCUCGGCGAUUUGGUCGAAAAAUUGGUAGCGCGAGCAAAGGAUCCGUCCGACAUGUUUGAGGAUAUUCCGUUAGAUACGAGACACCACAGAUUCAAAACCAAGCCUAAAUUCCCGAGGGAGUGGAGGAUGAGCGAGGAUCGACGGAAGUUCCUCGAAGAUACUAGGCAGAAGUCGCUAUUACUCGACCAAACGAAAGAAGAGGCGGGUUCUUUGGUUAAUGGUAAAGAAAGGAUCGAGCAAUUCUUCAUCGAUAAUCCCAUUGAGAUUACAGUUCGCGACCCCGUGAAGGCGCGGUUGAAUAAGCCGUCGUUAAGGAGCAAAUAACCACAACCAGCCUGACGAAUCUGAUGUGUAUAUUACCAAGAACGAAAGACAACGCUAGGGGGCCUGUCGUAUAUAAAGAUCUAGUCAUAGUUAAAUGCUAAUGCAUUUGGAAA